AUGCGUGAUGGCAGGCUGUCGUCGCUGCCCGCGUACCACAUCCCGCGGGACGGCAGCCUGGAGUCGUACCGCGACUUCCUGGACGUGCUGCCGGCGGCCGAGCGCGCCGAGUCCGUGGGGCAGCACGCCUCCGCCGACGUCGCCACGCUGGCGCAGGAUGCAAUCAUAAUGACGUCCACACUGUUUGCGCUCGCGUCGACCGGCGGUGGCGGCGGAGGUGGCGGAGAAGAUCAGAAGGCUAGUUUAUAAAUGUUUAAUCUAGAAUACUAAUGUACUUGAAACGUAAUGAUUCUUCUAAAUCAUUGAUUCCCGAAGUGGUCCAGGAGGACCCCAAGGUGUCCA